AUGAACUCAUCUCCCUCAAAAACUGAAGCUAGAAAGGACCAAUACGUUGGUGAUGCCAAGCAAACUGUUGGUUCUGCUGUAGGCAAUGAUCAUCUCCAAGCAAAAGGUCAAGCACAAAACAACGAUGGUUUAAUUCAAGAAACUACCGCCAAUGCAGCCAAUCUUGUCACUGGUGUCGUUAAUGGUGCUGCAGGAACUGUUCAAGGUGUCCUUGGUGGUCUCUUGGGCGGUAACAACAACAACAGAUAA